AUGAAUUUCUGUACCGUGUUCCUCUUGAUCUUCUUUGUUUUUUCAGUCUCCGCCUUUGACUCCCUCCGGGAAAAUACCAUUUAUUCUCUGACAAAUCCGAAGCUGCCGGAUAUCUUCCCAUUCGGUGACGACCUUUCUUUUUCCUACUAUCAACAGAGUUGUCCUGACCUCGAAGCCAUUAUCCAAAGAAAAAUGGGUGAAUGGAUUAAGAAGGAUUAUACUCUUGCUGCUAGUCUCAUUCGGUUGCACUUCCAUGACUGUGCUGUUAGGGGAUGUGAUGGUUCCAUUCUUUUGGACAACGAAGGCAGUGAGAAGAUGGCCAAUGCAAGUAAGUCAUUGAGAGGGUUUGAGGUGAUUGAAGAUAUAAAGGCAGAGGUUGAGAGCAGGUGCCCUAAGACUGUCUCUUGCGCUGAUAUUCUUACUGCUGCGGCUAGAGAUGCCACGGUUGGAGUGGGAGGCCCAUUCUGGAUGGUACCAUAUGGAAGGAAAGACGGGCGAAUUUCAAUUGCCAAAGAAGCUGAAACAGUGCCCAUGGGUCAUGAAAAAAUCACUGAUCUGAUUGAGCUUUUCCAGUCCAAGGGUUUGAAUGUACUUGACUUGGUGGUCCUCUCAGGAUCACACACGAUUGGAAGGAGUACAUGUGGUUCAUUGCAAUACAGGCUAUAUAACUUCAACGGAACUGGAACACCCGACCCAUCCAUCAACGUCAAGUACUUGAACUUUUUGCGAAGAAAAUGCAGGUGGGCAUCAGAAUAUGUGGACCUUGAUGGAAUAACCCCUAGGACUUUUGACAUAGAAUACUACAAAAACCUUCAGUAUAAGAUGGGACUUUUAUCAACAGACCAAUUGCUGUACUCUGAUUCAAGGACUCAACCUCUUGUUACUGCACUGGCUUCUCAACCCUCGGUUUUCUACGGCCAGUUCGCUGUGUCCAUGGUGAAGCUUGGUAAUAUUCAGAGUGAAGAUGAAGGUGAAAUUAGAGUGAAUUGCAAUUAUGUUAAUCAUUGAAAUGCACUGACAAGUCAAGACAAUGGCCAGACAAAAUCAAG